CGGUAUUGUUGUUGUUUAUUUUGAGUUGUAUUUAUAGUUUAUUAACAUUGUUCAUGAGAGUACUAGUAUGCUACCAAUGCACUUCUUCCAUUUACCUACAUAUGUAAAAGUUAUUUUAAGAUACUCCAUGAUAUUUCAAUAGGAAUGCUGUUCACGUCAUUAUUUACCAAUUUAAAAGGUUAAGCAGUUAAUCAACAAGCAGUUUAUCUGGUCAACAUUACAGCACAGCAAAGUUUUAAUCGCAGCUAUAUAAAUGCAGGACAUGCUAUGGAAACAUUUUUACCUAAAAUAAUGCUAAUCUCUUCUUAUGUGGCAAAGAAUAAAUAUUUGUGCGUAGAACCGUCAGAAUAAAGGUCAUCUGUCUGUUCUCUCUGGGUUCUGUGUACUUUUCCAGAGUAAUCUCCCCCUGCCAGGUCUCAAUGACAUUUCCAUGGGUCAUUCUAAACCUUGCUACACCUUUGCCCAUGUGUCAGUCCACUCCUUCUCUGUUUGUUCUGCUGUGGAUCUGUAUUGCCACAUAAUAUACCAUGUAAGCCAAUCAGUAAACAUAUCAAUGCAUUGCAUAUUUGUGACAUUUUUGCAGUUUAAUUUAAUUUUUGUUGAGGCUGUCAGCAAACAAGAAAUAUGACAGUACACAGUUACUACUAGUAUCAUGUGACUGCGAGCAGGGUCAAUCUGUCCCAUUCUGUACCCAAGGGUACUGGAAAUAAAAUUAUUGACAGGCCAUCUGAGGUAUGAGCCCAUAUAAAAAGAACUGGUCAGGGUCAGAAUCAUUCUGCUGGAGUCCACCAUGCAGGGCUCCGUCGUCUGUGUCCUCCUCAGCCUGGCAGCAUGCCAGGCUUUAAGCUACGAGCCUGCCUUGAACCCAAAGAAAAUCUACGAGUUCCAGUAUGAGGGGGCGGUGAACAUCGGACGUGGCAUGCCAGACCUGGCAGAAUCUGGUGUAAGACUGAAAUGCAACGCCAAAAUAACCGGAAUAUCAGUGCAAAUCUUCCUCCUUCAGGUGUCCAAUUUCGUCUUUGAGGAAUUCAACGGCAUUCCUGGAAAGAAUGCGUUCUACGCCUCUCCGAAACUGACCCAGAGGAUUGCGACCGAGCUCAACGCACCUCUCACGUUUCAAUACGUCAAAGGCCGCAUAGUGGACAUCCAGGCAGCCACGGGGGUCUCUGAUACCAUCGUCAACAUCGUGAGGGGAAUCCUAGGAUUCCUCCAAGUAACAGUGAAGACAACCCAAAAAGUCUAUGAGCUCGAAGAGCAAGGUAUUCACGGACUAUGCAAGAGCAACUAUGUCAUUGAGGAAGAUGAACACACCUCAGAGCUGGCUGUGACCCAAGUAGUUGAUAUCAGUGGCUGCCGGCAGAAAGCAGAGGUCUCCACAGGAAUGGCACUGGCGAUCGAGGAUGAAAUUAGCAAAGCGAAAGGUGACAGGAUUGUAGCGAGUGUUGAAUACGUCUACACCGUGAAAGCCACCGCUGAUGGAGGACUGGUCACCAAGGCCCGUGCCCAGGAAUACCACAUAUUCUCUCCAUUCACCAUCAAGGGAGGAAAUUCCAGACUGUUUGCUACGAAGUCCAUUGAGCUACUGAAAGUGACUGACGUUGCUGGGAACCCCGCAGUGCCCCCGACACAGAGCAGAGGCAAUCUGGUGUACAAGUUCGGACCUGAGCUCAAACAGAUACCCAUCGUUCUGAAGAAACUAGACAGCCCACUGCCCAAGAUUACAGAGAUGAUUAAGCGCCUGGCUCAGGCCAACAUCUACCAGGUGGACAGCCCCACCAGCGAAGACAUUGUGGACGUGUUUCAGCUCCUCAGGGUGAUCACUCUCGAGGACCUUGAAACGCUGUGGAAACAGCUUUCAGGGAACGUCGAACACAGGAGAUGGUUUCUGGACCUUAGUGUUGAAGUCACAGAUGAGAGGGUUGUCAAGUUCCUCCUGAACAGAUUCAAGGCAGCAGACGUGUCAGCUAACGAAGCCGGCCAGACACUACUGGUGGCACUGCAUCACUUAACUGUCACCCCUGAAUUAGUAGAGAUGUCAAAGGAGUUCCUGAAGAUUCCUUUCAGUAAGUCUCACCCCAUUCUGUGGCACACGGUGGUCCUGUCCUACGGUUCUCUGGUGUACAGACUCUGUGCCUACAUGCAGCCCUGUCCACCCACGGCAGUUCAGCCACUGCUGGACAUGGCCAAUGAUGCCCUCCUGAAGAACAGUGAGGAGGAGAUGGUGGAGGCUUUGGAGGCCCUUGGAAACGCAGGUCAUCUCUCCAGCAUCAAAACCAUCAUCAAGUUCCUGCCAGGGAUCUCCCCUAAGGCCGUGGACCUGCCAACCAGGGUUGUGAGCUCUGCUGUCCAGUCCCUUCGCCACCUUACUGUCAGGGAUCCCCACACUGUUCAGGAUAUUGCCCUGAGUCUUUUUCUGACAAAGACCCUCCCUGCUGAGAUCCGCAUCCAGGCCAGCAUCAUCCUGUUUGAGACCAAGCCACCGCUCGCCCUGGUGUCAAUGGUCACCACCUUCCUGCUGUGGGAGAAAGACCCCCAGGUGGCCAGCUUUGCCUUCUCUCUAAUUAAGAGCCUUUCAAGAUCCCUCACGCCAGAAAACCAGCAACUGUCAACAGCUUGUAAUAUUGCCGUUAAAAUCCUUGGCCCCAAACUUGGACGCUUCAGUUUUCUCAACAGCAAGUUCCUACACUUGGACUGGUUUAGUGAGGACCUGUUGAUGGGCACCUCCACAGAGGCCUACAUGAUCAAAAACCCAAAAGACAUCAUACCCACUGCCAUCAUGGCCAAAGGCAAAUUCCAUUUCAUUGGAAGAAUUCUCCAGCUUUUAGAGCUUGGUGUGCGUGCAGAACAAAUCAAGGAGUUGAUCUCCGACACCAGUUCAGCAUUCGAACACAUCGAAGUCACUGACUAUGCUGCCAUCAUGAAAAUUUUGUCAGACACAAAGGCUCUUCCGAAAGACAAGCCGCUGCUGACUGCCUAUGCAAGGGCCUUUGGACAGGAAGUCUUCUUUGCUGAUUUAAAGAAAGACACUUUUCAGCAGAUCAUGAAGGCUCUGAGUCCCACAGCAGGGAAGGAGAGUCCAGUUUGGCAAAUCAUCCAGGAUCUCCAGAAGGGGAUAUCAUGGCACUGGACUAAGCCGUACCUGGUGUUAGAAACUCGCCUCAUUCAAACUACAACCCUGGGACUCCCUGUUGAGAUUAGCAAGUACUACCCCACCGUGACCGCCAUAACGGUAAAUGCAAAGGCAGUUAUUACCCCUCCACUGAAGGAGCAUCUCGGAGAGCUUCUGUCCUCAGACAUCACUCUUGAAACCGAUGGAUUUGUUGGGGUGACAAAAGACCAUUUCGUUUUCCAUGGCAUAAAUACAGAGCUUUUUCAGUGUGGUACAGAACUGAAGAGCAAGACCCCUAUAAACAUGCCAUGGAAAUUCACAGUGAAAAUGAAUGUCAAACAGAGGAAAUUCGAGAUCGAUUUUAACCCCGUCAAAAAGGUUACAGAGCUAUUUGCAGUCAACUUCAACGUAUAUGCAGUGUCAAGGAACAUUGAAGAGCCAUCUUUGUCUAAGAUGACACCAAUGAUGCCAAACUCGGCAGUGACUUCUCUGCCUCCUCAGCUCCCCAAGACAUCCACUGAUGAGCUGACUGAAGAGCCUGAUGUGUACAACCCACAGUCAAAGGUUUGUUUAGAGGCUAAACCCUUCGGGAUUGCAGCCUGUGUCGAAGCCGAGCUCAAGAGAACACACUAUGUCGAUGAGUAUCCCCUUUACUAUUUAUUGGGAUACAGCCAUCUUGCCAUCCAGCUUGAGCCAGCAAAUACAAAGAAACCAGUUGACAAGAUCCAAAUUAAAAUCAAUGCUGGACCAAAGGACAACACCCCAAGCCCUCGUCAGAUAAUGGAAACAAUUCACAGAGGGUUAAAGAAUUCAAGUCGACUCUUGGACUUGUCCUCCAACAAAACCGCUGCACCUGGACUGAAUGAGCAAUCCUCUCAGGAGUCGCUGGACGGUACCCCUGACCCUGUGGUCAUCAUGAAUGCCCUGGCCCUGUGUGAGGGGAUGAAGCCCGACGGAUAUGCUGCAGCCGUGUACUACCUCCCCGCACCCCAGAAAGACGACGUGGAACUCAUCAUCUCACAAGUGGGUGAGGAGACCAACUGGAAAAUGUGCGGGGAUGCCCAUGUGGACAAGGCUGAAGAGUCUGCAAAGAUUCAUUUAAGAUGGGGAGCUGAAUGCCAGUCAUAUGACGUGGAUGUGAUGGCUGCCAAGACAUACCAGGCCGGGACAAAGCUUGCUGUUGCAGCCAAAGUCAAAUGGACCAAUUUACCAGCAUAUAUGACAAAUGUUGGUAAAAGCGUUGAGGAGUACAUUCCUGGCAUGUCUUUCCUGCUCGGGUUCGGUCAAAGACACGACGCCAACCCUGCCAAUGAGGUCUCUGCCUCGUUGGUGAGAGAAUCACCAGCAACUUUUGACAUUGAAGUCAAGACACCUCAGCUGACGGUCUAUCGGCAAGCAAUCGCUCUUCCGAUUCAAAUGUUGGAUUUCCAGAAAAGCAGGAACGUGACAGAGACUCGGCGCAAUUAAAUGUCUAAAAAAUUGAAACCAAGCCGGCAGCAAAAACCAGAACUGAUUCUAUUUUAGAGCAGAGCAUGGGACUGUGGAUGACAUCACAGAGUUCUGAAAUCAUGCAUGAUUUCAUGGGUGAUUUGCCUUUGCCUCAGAAAAGUAGGAAGUAAAAACCGUUAAGGCCCCAAAGAAGUAAUCAUUUUCAUAGAGCUGAAGUAAAGGGAUACACCUUAAAGAUUAUCAAAAUAGCUCACGACACACUUGGUUGUAAUUAUUGUGGCCUGUUGUGUGUAACCAUUUGGUGUCGCCCGCUUAAAUACAGAAAUAGUGAUGGAAUACAACAACUCAGCAGUUGCCAUGGUUCAGUACAGCAAAACCCACUGUAGCUCGCUGAAUGCUAGCUCAAGGAAUAUACAUUAUGUUAUCACAUACAUUCCCUAUCCCAGUUUAAAGAAAGUGUCUACUGUGAAUAUUCCAUUCAGGUCUUAGCUCAAGCAAGUUCAUGAAAUAAAUAAAAUACAAAAUGUUCAAUCAAA